CAUAAAGGAGCUCGAACUGGCUCGUCAUGCACUCGUUUUGGCUCAGCCGAAGCUGCCAGCACCAUAGACUCAUUUCUAGCCAGGUUCCUCCAGCAACCUCAUGAUCGCGAGUACGCAGAUCUUUGUAUGCUUCCCGAGCUGACUGAGCAGACCCUGCUUGAUAAUUUGAAGGAUCGUUUUAACAGUGGGCACAUCUACACAUACAUCGGACCAAUUUUGGUCGCUGUCAACCCUUUCAGCUUCUUCCCCAUAUACAACCCUAAGUAUGCGAGGUUAUACUCCCAAAGCCGGAAACUUGGAAGUUUACCUCCGCAUAUUUUCGCGAUUGCCGAUGUCACCUAUCAUAACGGUGAGAGUGGCUCGGGAAAAACCGAAUCCACAAAUCAUUUGAUCUCACAUCUGACGUCGCUGUCGCAGAAAGGCACAAGUGCUUGCAGUUCGGAAACUACGCUACUUAACGCCGGUCCGGUUCUCGAGGUUGGUCAUCGAGGCUAAAG